AUGCUGAGCCUGGGUGCUGAGCCUGAGGGUGCGGAGCCUGGGGGUGCUGAGUCUAGGGGUGCUGAGCCUAGGGGUGCUGAGCUAGAGGGUACUGCGUCUAGGGAGCUAGAGGCCCUGCCACUGGAGGCGCUGGAGCUGGAGGCACUGGAGUUGGAGGCGCUAGAGCUGCUAGUCCCGGAGGUGCUAGAGGUAAUGUUGGUGCUGGAGGCGUUGGAGGUGGAGGUACCGGAGGUGCUGGAGCUGCUAGUCAUGGAGGUGCUCGUACUGGAGGUACUGGAGCUGCCAGAGCUGGUGGUGCUGCUGGCGCUGUGGGGUGCUGGUGCUGUUGGUGCUGGAGGUGCUAGAGGUGCUACUGGUACUGGAGGCACUGGAGGUGCUCCUGGUGCUAGAGGCGCUAGAGCUAGAGGUACCAGGGGUGAUGGAGCUGCUGAUCUUGGAGGUGCUCGUACUGGAGGUGCUAGAGCUGCCAAAGCAGGUGGUACUGCUGGUGUUGGAGGUGCUGGAGCCACAGUCACUGCCUGGAUCCCCGUUGCCUGCUCGUGCUCCUUCACUGAGGUGACUGAGUUCCUGACUGAGCGUCGUGAGCCUGAGACUCGUGCUUCCACACCUGUCCGUGCUGGUCGUGUCGCCCGUCCUUGUCCUCCCCCUGUGCCAGGUACUCACACUAUGGCACUUCGUCCUUCCUCUGUUCCCCAGCGAGUUCCCCUGCCGUCUCCUCCGGCGUCCUCCCUUCCUGCCGUUCCGGACCCUGAGUCUGACUUGGUUCGUGCUGCCAUCCCUACUCUCACACGUCUUCUAGCCACAAUUGUCAUUGGCCCUUCGUUUGAGUCCGCUGCUGCGUCUGCCUUAGUUGCUGAGCUUGUUGACUUUGCUGCUGCGUGUCGUUUCGACUAUGCCACAAGUCUUGUUGCUGAGUCUGAGUCUGACUGUCCUCCGUACGUCUGGGGCGAGUGUGUUCUUGGCACGGACGUCCUUGAGCACAGGCAGGAGGACUUUGAGUGUCUUGCAGCUGCUGUACCUCAUCUCGUAGCUAUGCUACUCGCACCUAAGAGAGACCCGGAUGCACCAAACAUCCCGACCCCGCGCUAUUACGCUGAGGUGAUCACAUGUCCCUACUCCUUUCACUGUCAGACAGCCAUAGACGCAGAGAUGGCAUCGUGGAAGUCCACAGGCACUUACAACGACGAAGUUCCCCCUCCUGGGACGAACAUAGUCGAUGGCAUGUGGAUUUUCAGGGUGAAGCGGCCGACGGGUUCUCCGCUUGUCUUCAAAGCUCGUUACGUUGCACGACGUGACUACCAGCUUCACUCUCUUGACUUCAGCACAGAUUUCUUACAGAGCAGCCUUCACGAGGAGAUCUGGCUGCGCCGCCCACCUGGCUUCACUGGGUCGUCUCCUGCAUGUACCCAGUGGAGCCUUCGGCAGCUAGUCUACGGUCUCCGCCAGGCGCCUCGUCAGUGGCACGACACACUGAGGACGACACUUGCGGCUCUUGGGUUUGCUCUUUCGACUGCUGACCUGUCGCUGUUUCUGCGCAACGACACUUCGCUACCGCUGUCCUACAUCCUCGUGUACCUCGACAACUUAGUUUUUGCCACUGCUGACACUGAGGCACUCGCCCUUGUGAAGUUGGAGCUGGAGAAGAGACACACGUGCACAUACCUACUCACACAUGGUGCACCAGGUCCUUCAGCGCUUCCACUUCCUGUUCUCUUCGCCACAGCCUACUCCUUCGCCUAA